GUAGCUGGAAGGCGACUCUGGUGACUGCAUCACGCAAGGCCCAGGAGAUAUUGCUGUGUAUGAAGAAGCUUUCGUUGUUGCGAUUAUAGGGCCUUGAGAACCCACGGUUCUCCGUUCUCAAGUCCCCGCAUUCCGGAACUGACCGUGGAUCAAUUGGCAGAAGAACUGUUCAUCAUCACCCACACUGCUCGCCUCUUCUGAGUUCACCUUGGAGAUAGACAUGCUUGGGCUACAUGACGCCGUCAAACCCACGGAUCUGAUACUCGAAAAAGCACCAGAUCUACGACUUCGUGCGCACUACCGUUCCUGGACUGACGUGUAUACACGACUGAGCUAGACCGCACCCCUGCCCAGCUGAGGCGGCAUCUUUGAAGCUCAUUCAGCAUGCAUAUCGCCUUUCUUUGAUGCUCAGGUCGCAAGCUCCUCAUCUCGGCACUCUUGUCGGUUGCGCAUUUGUCAAGAUUGGUGCGUUCGCAACAGUGCGGCUCCUGACGUCCGCAUUCCCCAGCGCUCCGCGGUCAAUGGGGUUGCAAUACACCCCAUCGCGCCGCGCCUCAAGCCCACAAGGUGCGUAUCGCUUUGACAUUCAAGUGAUGUACUUUAUCAUACCUUCCGCCCCUUCCGCCUUCUGCUUCGAGGUAUAUGGGUUCCAGAGCUAGGUGCGGAGCUGGCAUGUGUGGCGCCGUUUGGCAGCGAAGUACUACAAGCCGGAUAGGCGACGGUUUGCUUUUCAUUUGCGUUCGUCAGCAUCGCCACAAAAGGCUGUGUUGCGAAGGCGGAUCCCGCGAUGCACGACCACGCCACGGCAGAGCACACCUGACAGCCGCGUCGGGGACCCUAUGGAGAUGACUGUUGCACAGCCCUCGGGACGAGGGUGCCCACGACGCGGAACGAGUGACGGGCGCGCAAGACGCGCUCCCGGCGGAUUCCGUCGGGCCCGUCGUCUCAUAUACGGCCGAUUCCCAGACAAGCUCUGUCGGCGCGGACGUGUUAGGCUGGGCAACGGGCGUCCGCGAUGUCGCCGGAGCGAUCAACUUGGUCGUCGUGGUCUGCGCGUUCCGGUCUCUUCGCAUCGUCCUAGCGCGGAGAAGCUCGUCGAUGCCUUUUUUUCUUGUUCUUGCGGCGGACGAGGCCCGGU